AUGUCUCUCGCCGACUACCUGGCCAAGAAGUAUCUCACUGCAGACUCGUUACCUACGCCUGACCGGCCGAAAAAGAAGCGCAAAAAGAAUAAACAUGCGGAACAGUCAGCCGGCGGAGACGGCCUGAUAAUCGCAGACGACGAUCCACCAGACCUCCGUUCCACGACUGCUGGAGAGCCGCAUUCCCGACGAGAAUUUGGAGACGACGACGAACUAGGAUACACAGUCGCUGGGCCCUCGAGAGAAUUCAAAAAAUCGCAAUCAAAAUGGAAAACCGUCUCCGGCCCAACGGCACCCAGCAGCGCCGAACAAAUGGCCGCCGAUGCCGUCCUUGCCUCCGCCGCCGCUGAACGAGCCGCGCAGAACGAAAACGACGACGAAAAGCCCCUGGUAGUUGAAAACGACGAGCCCGACGACGCCGAUGGCGAAGCAGCUCUGCGCAUGCAAUCCGGGGCGCGCGCGGGGCUCCAAACGGCGGCACAAACGGCGGCGAUGGUCGCCGCGCAAGCACGCAAACACGCCAAAGACGCGGCCUCGCUGCGCAGCAAGGCGGCCAAGGGCGCGGACGCCGAGACGAUAUACCGCGACGCGUCCGGGCGCAUCAUCAACGUGGCGAUGAAGCGGGCGGAGGCGCGCAAGGCGGCCGAGGACGCGGCGGCGAAGGCGGCGGCGGAGAAGGAGGCGCUGACGGGCGACGUGCAGCGGCAGGAGCGCGCGGAGCGCCGGAAGAUGGUCGAGGAGGCCAAGUUCAUGCCGCUGGCGCGAACGGCGGACGACGAGGAGAUGAACGAUGAGCUGCGGGCCAGGGAGAGGUGGAAUGACCCCGCGGCGCAGUUUCUGACCAAGCCGACGAAGCGUGGAGGUGUGCGGGGAGCGGGUGCAGGGCCAGCGAAGAAGGUGUAUGAGGGUGCGGCGCCGCCGAAUCGAUAUGGGAUUCGCCCGGGGCAUAGGUGGGAUGGGGUGGAUCGGGGUAAUGGGUUUGAAAGGCAGUGGUUCGAUGCCAGGAAUAGGAGGGAGAGAAACGAGGGGCUAGCAUAUGCGUGGCAGAUGGAUGAAUGA